UGCCAUUUACUCAGGGUUGCCACUGUUCUGGUUGCUUUAAUAACACAGUGGCUUUUGUACACCUAUAAACAGGGUGACAGCCUUAAUAUGGUAAUGAAGAUUCAGACCUAACUAAGGGGGGUAUUAGGGCAGGUGUAUGUCAAAGUACGGUAUACAUAUCAAAUUGGAUCUUAAAUCCCUGUAUCAUUUCAAUAGUAUCAUUUCAAAACGGUAUUGUAUGUGUUUAGCAAAUACGUGUUGAAGGAAGAAGAGAAUCACCUUGUAUCCUCUGGAAAUGAAAGGAUGCUGAAGAUACCAAACUAAAGUGCCUAAUAUAUUUGAACAGCUUGGAAGAAGUUCUCUUUUAGGGUUGACAAGCAAGGACAAAAGCUUCAAAUGGAAAACACAGAGGAAGCAAUAGCUUUUUGUAGGAGCUUCCAGGAGAACCCUGAACCAGGAGAUCAGAAAGGAAGUCUUUGGGUAAGAAGAAGAGAAGCAGCUGCAGCAGCACCAGCCUUCUCUCCUCCUGUAACUGGCACAGAACUGGAACCCAUCUAUGAGCCUGAAGAGGACGAAGGCCUGGGAAACGAGCGUGCGAUUCUGUCUGACACAGAGUCUAAGGAAGAGAUACCGCUGUACAUUCAGACUCUUUACAGUUUUUUAGGAAAAGAAGCAGCCGAAGAUUUUCUUCACCCAACUAUUGAGGAGAAAACUGUUUCACCAAGAGCCAAAUGGGUAUUAAAUAAAACAAAAGGUUUUGUGGACUGUGAAGACAUCUGGAAAAUUCUGAGAGACAAUUCCAAAUCCAAGCAGACACAACUGGACUCCACAAUUCCUCAGGCAUUACAGAUGUCCAAAUUUGAGAAUCUACCCACCACUAAGUAUCAGAGGUUUCAAAGGCAGAUGGCCCGCUACCGAAGCCGUCUAGCAUUAAUGCAAAGAGCAUCAGAAUCAAACCAAGAUAAAACUUCAUUGAUUAUUGCCAAUAAUCCACUUCUGGGCCUUAAUGACUUGGAAGGGAAGAGUGGUCCAAUGAAAUAUCUUACCCCUGGUUCCUUGAACAAGGCUGAAGAGCCUUUUCACAAACCUCAUGGGUUACCACCUCUUAACCACCACAAAACACAACUAUCCAGGAUAGUGAGAAACUCUGUCAAUCUGAAGGAGCAGGGAUUGAGCAAAGCUGAUAGGAAACAGACAAAUAGGUUUCUAUCAGGGGAACGAUUACAUGCUUGUAGUGAUAGAUGGUUUUCAGAUCACUAUUCAAUGAAGAGAAUCAGGCUGCCACCAAAGCUGUUGGAUACCAAGAAGUCUGGACAGAGUACCUCUUCAAAGGACACCCCUAAAGGUAAAGAGAAAGAACCUCCUGCCAUAUCCAGCAGGAACUGGGAGCCUCUAACCAUGUCUGCUGUCAUAGAGACCACACGCACAGUAGCUGCACCAGGACAAGGCGCCUUUAAAUGUGGAAAUGUGCCUCAAUGGACUGUGGAUCUGCCCUAGCUCUCAUUUUAAUAUGUGAAUCUCUUUAUCGCUGCACAAAUAUUAAAAUUCUAUGGAAUUUAAAAUUGGUUUCUGCUUGCCUUUGUAUUAUUUUUUAUGAACUUCGUUAGGGAAUGGAGUGCAGAUGUCUGCUAUAUUUUUACACUUCAGAGAAUCUUUUCAGCAAAGGAUGCCAGUUUGUUGUAUGCUAACUUGAUCUCACUUUUAAUUAUUGUCCAAAAACCUUGUUUGCAGAACCAUUUUAACAGAAGAAAUAAUGGCCUCUAUUUACAAUGCUUUAACUCCUUUUAAUUAAAAAUAGCUUUUUAACCCUACUGAAAUCAUAUAGUUUUCAUAUAUUUUUCUCUAAAUGUAUAGUAUGUUUAUAAAAUGAAAACUUCAAUUAAUGUCAAGAGGAGUACAAGUAUUUUUUAUUUGAAAGUAAGUAUAUUAUAAGGGAACUUUGAAGUCUUUUUUGUGGGACGAACUAAUGUUUUGCAAGAAACUUUUUAGACUGUUGUGGAAAAACUUUGCAGCUACAGUUUCGUUUUGGUGUUUUUAGUAGGCAUUUUUUACAUGUGUAAUGUUUUUUAACCUGCACAAGAUUCAGACGUAUAGAUUCUGAAAUACUACUGCACAUGUUGUUCAUAAGGUAAUAAAAGUGCAAUUGCCUUGAAUUAUGUUUUUGUUAGUGCCAACCUUACUUGUUUCUUUCUCAUUCACACUUUUUUAUUGCAAUUUGUCAAAAUAAUUGUUUGUAUUUGUUUUCAUGUGCUGCCAGUGUUUCAGUUGCAUGGGUAUUUCUUCAUAUAAUUUAAACCUAUAGAUUCUGUAUGUCUACCAUCUUGUAUGUGGGGCUUCCCCAUAUGCUGUACAAAACUACAACUACCGAAAGAAGGCAUUGAAUAAACAGUUGAGUCUCUCAAAA